AGAAUCUACACAUUCCAAAUGGAUGGUAAUGAUAUAAAUAUACAAAAAAACGAGUUUUCUCGAGACCAAUCAGCACUUCUAAUGAUGGAUCAGCAUUCCGACCAUAAGAAUCACGAAUCGGCAAUCGGCGAGCCAGGAAUGUCAUACACAGCCUCUCAACCGGCUCUUUCCUCUACUGAGCAUCAAACGCCAUUAGUUUCUGAAGCAAGCGUCGCAGCUCCUCAAAAUCAUUUGAAUGGCAAUUCCCAUGAAUCGGUUUCCGAAAUGGAUAGAAAUUCGGUUGAUUUUGCGAUAGAAUCAGUGCUCAUGAAAGCGAGAGCUUACAACAAGAUGGGCGCUCCAAAAGAUCCGAGGAGAAAGCAGCACAAUCCGAAGAGCGAGCCUAAAAUCGAGCCACAUGUGACAGAUUCAUCGGAUAAUCAGGCUGCAAUGAGCAACAAGAUGGAAGCGGAAGCGCCGAAGAUGGAGUCAAAUCAGAACUACGUCAGCAACGGAUCUGAGCCUCCAUUCCGUUUCGUUUCAAUUUCGAAUUUCGACGAAAUGAAAACAAAAAAGAAAGAAGUUCAAGAAGAAUUGAAGCUUGAGGUGGACUCGGACAGUGAAGAAGAUGAUGUCCCAGAGCAGAAAACUCCAAAGGAAUCGGAUCGAUGUGGAGGAUGCGGAAAAUUUACUCAUGAAGAUGAUCUAAUUGCUCUUGAAGAGGAAAAGAAGAAGGAAAAGGAAAAGCCACUGAUGAGCAAGAAGAAAUCUCACCAUCACAAGAAAAAUGACUUCCAAUGGAUUGGCUGUGACUCUUGCCAAACCUGGUACCAUUUUCUGUGCUCAGGCCUCGAGCAAUUUGAGUAUUACCUGUAUGAGAAAUUUUUCUGCCCCAAAUGCGUUCCACAUACCGGACAUAGCAUUCGAUACAAAGUCGUCGCCCCACAUCGUUAUCGCUGGUACAGUCCGAACGAGAAGCAUCUCGGAAUUGAAGUUGGCUCAAAAACUUGGAUUGAGGAUUUCAUCACCAGAGAAAAUACUGUUCCCUCACCAACCGACGAUGAGGUUUGCAUUGUCGAAGAUGGCUACGAAUUCCGCAGAGAAUUCGAAAAACUCGGAGGAGCUGACAACUGGGGAAAAGUUUUUAUGGUCAAAGACAUGGACGGCCUCAAUAUGACAAUGCCGAAGCCUGGAUUCGAUUUGGAGGAUGUUGUGAAAAUUAUGGGAUCGGAUUAUGAAGUGGACACGAUCGAUGUCUAUAAUCAGAGCACCUAUUCGAUGAAGCUUGAUACGUUCAGAAAACUUUUUCGCGACACUAAAAACAGACCACUCUUGUACAAUUUUCUGUCCCUUGAAUUCUCGGACAAUAAUGAGAUGAAAGAAAUCGCUAAGCCGCCAAGAUUUGUCCAGGAAAUCUCAAUGGUCAACCGCCUGUGGCCUGAUGUCAGUGGAGCGGAGUACAUUAAACUCCUCCAGAGAGAAGAAUAUCUUCCAGAAGAUCAGCGACCAAAAGUGGAACAGUUUUGUCUCGCAGGAAUGGCUGGAUCUUAUACGGAUUUCCACGUGGACUUUGGUGGUAGUAGCGUCUACUAUCACAUUUUGAAGGGCGAGAAAAUCUUCUACAUCGCCGCGCCAACGGAGCAGAACUUUGCAGCUUAUCAAGCACACGAGACAUCUCCGGACACCACUACAUGGUUCGGUGACAUUGCCAACGGAGCUGUUAAGCGAGUUGUGAUCAAGGAAGGUCAGACACUGCUCAUCCCGGCUGGUUGGAUUCACGCGGUUCUCACUCCAGUCGAUUCGCUCGUUUUUGGAGGAAACUUCUUGCAUUUGGGAAAUCUUGAGAUGCAAAUGCGCGUGUACCAUCUCGAAAACGCGAUUCGUAAGGAAAUUAGAAGCGAGGAGAAGUUCUACUUUCCGAAUUUCGAACUUCUUCAUUGGAUGUACAUGCGAAACGUCUUGCUUGAGAAGAUUACAGAAGCCAAUCAGGAAGGUUCUGACAUGCGUGAGCAGGAGAAGAAUAUUUGGACGGCGUCACAAAUCAUGAAGGCCGAAAUGGAGCGCUGGAUGGAUCGAGAGUUGAGAUUGGGUCCCGAGAAGAACGCGAUCCUGCCCACUGACGACAAGAAUAAGAUUAUGAUCUCGGUGAGGAAGCAGAUUGAGAUUCAGACGAAGAUUCAGAAUGCCAAGAAUAAGCCGAUGGGGUUGAAGCAGAAACGUAAAAGUCGAGAAUCCGCGGAGCGGGAUGAUGAGGACUAUUGCCCGUCCAGCUCGACUGCCUACAAGAAGAAGUAUACGAAAAAGGCUAAGAAGGACAAUGAUGAUGCUCCGAAGGUGAAGAAGGCGAAGAAAGAGGAAGUUCCCGAGGAGAAGGUUCCGGUUCCUGAAGCAGCAGGUCCUUCCGAAGUUACAGCUCCAUUGACCAUCAAGAUUGGAAUGGGACCGACUGAAGAUCAGAAGGGCGUUGUCCAGAUAUUCAAUAAUCAAUGCACGUCGUCUGGAAGAAAAGUAAAGUUGAAUCAGAACGUGGCCGACUAUUGUGGAUCCCAUCUCGAAGCACGCGUCGAAGAGAUUCCGGAAAAGGCGACGAAAAGCUUCCGCGAGCUUGACAACGAACUGGAGCGCUGUGAAGCUGUUCAUUCCGGAGAGAAAAUCAAGAAGGUUAAAGAGCCAAAGCCACCGAAGCAACCAAAAGAGAAAAAGGAGAAACCACCACCAAAGAAAAAGGAAAUGAGUUCCAGAGAUCGCCUCAUGAAGAAGCUCAAAAUGUGAACGUCCUCUACCUCAAGAUAUGUGUGCACUUUGACGAAAUAUAAAUCUCGUACAAUUAUAAAGUGCCCCCCGAUCUUAAUAGUAAUUUCCCCGUAUUUUUGACUAAUUUUUACAUUCGUUUUAUUGUUUUAUUCACACAAUCCCAUAUUCUUUCACGCGGUUCUUUUGCAUCCAAAAAUUUGUACAAGACGAUCUCCCGAAUUUACUGACGGGGAUUUUUUUGUAGUUUGAAAAUACACACGCACAAUAAAGCGUUGAUUAUGUUAAUUUU